AUGGAUGGCAACUACCCCAAGUACCUCCUCUAUGUGCUCUUCUUCCUCGGCUCAUGGCUCGUCACCUGCCUCCUCCACUUCCGCCAGCCCUUCUUCCACCUCUCCGGCGGCGGCGUGGUAGUCAUCCUCCCAUUCUCGCGCAAUGUGAGCUUCUUCUCUACCCCUGCCGCCGUUGCUGAUGAUGAUUGGCAGUUGACGCCGCCGUCGUCUUCGUCGUCGCGGUCUUGCGACGGGCGGUACGUGCACAUGGUGGACCUGCCGCCACAGUUCGAUGUCUGCGCCGAGGGGUCUCCGGCGUUCACCAGCGAGCACAGCAUUUGUCAACUCAUGUCCAAUGCCGGGCUCGGCCCGGUGCUCCUCCCCGCCGGCAACCGCACCGACGACGGCGACGGCGACGCCGACAUCGUCCCCAACACCGGAUGGUACAACACGAACCAGUACGCGCUGGAGGUUAUCUUCCACAACCGGAUGCGGCUGUACGAGUGCCUGACCGACGACCCGGCGGCGGCGGCGGCGGUGUACGUGCCGUACUACGCGGCGAUGGAGCUCCAGCCGCACACGUGCGGCUUGUUCAACGCCACGGUGAGGGACGGCGCGACGGAGCAGCUGCUGCAAUGGCUGUCGUCGCGGCCGGCGUGGGCGGCGCUUGGCGGGCGCGACCACUUCAUGGUCGCCUCCAAGACCUCGUGGAUGUUCCGGAGGGUGGCGGCGGCCGGCGGCGACGACGGCACGGGCUGCGGCAACAGCUUCAUGCUGAAGCCGGAGUCCAGGAACAUGACGGUGCUCACGUACGAGACCGUCAUCUGGGAGCAGCCGCAGCGGGACUUCGCCGUUCCGUACCCGAGCUACUUCCACCCGUCGUCGGCCGGCGAGGUCGCCGAGUGGCAGGCGCGGGUGCGCGCCGCGCCGCGGCCAUGGCUGUUCUCGUUCGCCGGCGCGCGCCGCCCCAACGGGACGCUGGCCAUCCGCGACCGCAUCUUCGACGCGUGCGACGCCGCGGUCCCGCGCCGGACCUGCGGGAUGCUCGACUGCGGCCACAGCGACCUCUGCCGCUCGCCGCGUAGGCUCAUGUCCCUCUUCGCCGCCUCCCGCUUCUGCCUGCAGCCGCUGGGCGACUCCUUCAUGCGCCGCUCGUCGGUGGACGCCGUCAUGACCGGCUGCAUCCCUGUCUUCUUCCACGAGGCGUCCACCUUCGAGAAGCAGUACUACUGGCACGAGAGGGUCCCGGACGGCGACCAUGGCGGCCGGAGCGGCAACGGCCGGAGCCGGUACUUCGUGCUCAUCGACCAGGACGACGUCCUCCACGGGAAGGUGGACAUCGAGGAGGCUCUGAGCAGGUACACUGAUGACGAGGUUGCCGCCAUGAGAGAGGAAGUGAUCAAGAUGAUCCCGAGGUUCCUGUACAAGGACCCCCGGGUGAGGUUUGCGGGGGACAUGAGAGACGCGUUCGACAUCACCAUUGAUGAGGUGAUUGCAAGGAUUAGGAAGAUCAAGGAAGGGGAGGAUUUGGGAAGGAAAGAUAACAGUGGUGAUGGUGCUGUGGUUGUCAAUGGCUCAUGACAUUCAAUGA